CCUCCUUUUGUCUUAUUUACUCCGCGGAGGAAGAAGACUGCGACGUCGACGGCGAUAUGGAAGACGGCAACGGCGGUCAUCCUCAUCAACGGACAUCCGCCGCCAGCAGCAAGCGAGCGACAGCCGGGAGCAAGGACGUCACGCGCUACCGCGGCGUUCGCCGUCGCCCGUGGGGGCGCUACGCUGCGGAGAUCCGCGACCCGCAGUCGAAGGAGCGCCGCUGGCUCGGCACCUUCGACACGGCGGAGCAGGCCGCCUGCGCCUACGACGUCGCCGCCCGCGCCAUGCGCGGCCUCAAGGCCCGCACCAACUUCCACAACCCUCCGAUGUCCUCCCCCGUCGCCGCCCAACCUCCCUCCGCCGCCGCCGCCGCCGUCCUCCACUCCUCCGAUUGGCCGUGGCCCAACGCUCCGCACCACCACCACCAUCCCCUUUUUCUUCGCGGUCUCGCGAACCAUUCGAUCCCUAAUUUUAACGCCUGCCCUUCUUGCUCCCUCCCCGCCUCUCUCCCAAGCCCUAAUUUUCUCCCCCAUUCCGCCGAUCCGUUCGACGCCCCUCCUGCUCCGAGUUGGAUCGCCGCCACUUCUUCUUCAUCAUCAGCCGCCGCCGCCGCCACCGAACUCCUCGCCGACGAAGGCGACUUCUUCCGCACGGAGCCGGCCGACUCCGGCCUCCUCCAGGAGAUCGUCAACGGCUUCCGGCAACAGAGCAAGCAGAUCGAAAAAACCGUACCGGAUCAUUCCCUCGACCGCAAGAAGAUUUAUCAGGUCCAGAUGCCUAUCAAUACAGAGCGAGAGGACCAAACCUCCGCUCUCAAUUACACUCCAUGCGCGGUCGGUAAUUCUUCCAGCUGGUGCGACGCCGACAACUUUCCGAUGAUCCCUCAGGGGCUUCUUGAGGACAUCAUCAAGUACCCGGACUUCUUCGAGGUCUUGUCCACCAACUUGCACCAAGCUUAAAAUCGUUUUUUUUUCCUUUCCCUAAGCGUGCGUGUCUAGUUCGAAUGAUUAAUUUAGUUAGAGAUGGAAGAAGAAGAAGAAGAACUGAUACGCAUGUUCUGGACGUGCAAUUUCUUGUAGCUGCAUCUGUGAUUUCUACGUACGUAGUUUCGAAAUGGAAGUUAUGCAUCAUGCACGCACGGU